AUGUGCCAAUCGUCUGCGGCCACUCAGCCCACCCUGGCCGGUAAUUCAUUCAGUUUACUCAUGGUCGACCAGUCAGCUUUUUAUGCAAAGCAUUCAUUGUCGGACGGGUGUCAUAUUCUCAUUCUUUUGUAUUGCUCACUAAUUUCAUUUGUUAUGAAACGAGGAUUGUUUGCAUUCAACUUCUGUUCUCCUUUCUCUUCUUUCUUUCUAGUUUUUCAUUCGUCCUCUUUCUGUCUUUUUUUUUUCUCUCAUUCGCUUGUUUUCAUUUCCCCGCCAUUCGCUUGUUCUUUUUUGCCCAUUCCGUUUCUUCCUCUUUCUUUAAUUCCACCUCUCUCCCCCUUUCUCCGUGCGUCAUUCUCUAUCGAUUGCAUUCAUUCUCUCACCUUUCAUCUUUCUCUUUUUAGCUCUCCUUCUCUCUUUCACUAUCAUAUUCUCUCUUUCACUACCUUCUACCUCCCGUAUCAGACACUCGGACUCUUUUUUGUUUAUUUGCAUACUCCAACUCGUUUUGUUAACCACUCUUUCUUUCUUUCUUUCUUUCUUUCUUUCUUUCUUUCUUUCUUUCUUUCUUUCUUUCUUUCUUUCUUUUCUCUCCUUCUUCCGUUUGUUUUCUUGUUCGCUUUCUUCGCUCAUCUUUGGCUCUUUUUUUACCCUUUCCGCCCUCUCUUUCUUUCGCCUUCCUUUUUCUCUAUCAUUGCAUUCACUUUCUAUCCUUCGUUCUUUCUCUUUCCGCUUUCUUUCCCUAUCACCCCCCUCUCUCUCUCUCACUAUCGUUUACUUCCAGUAUCAGUUGCUCAUUCCCUUUUUAUUUAUUUCCAUCCUUUAUCUCUCCUACUUCCCCACACUUUCUUUUUCUCUCUUUUUCUUUCUCUUUCUCUCUUUCUUUCUCUUUUUUUUUUUUUGCUUUCAUAUUCGUCCGCUUCGCUUGUUGUCAUUCGCUCAUUUCCGUUUUUACUCCUCUCUCUUUUCACCAAUUCUUUUCUCUCUCCUUCCUUUUUUCUCUACGAUUGCAUUCACUUUCUUCCUUUUCUUUUGCUCUCAUUUCCGCUUCCUCCCUCUAAUUCUCCUCCACCUCAGUCUCUCUCUUUUUACACUCGUUUGCUUCCAAUAUCCCCCACUUCCGCUUUCUUUUAA